AUGCCAAACCUGGAUGCGCUCGCGCAAGCUGCAGCACACGAACACUCCUACACACCUCUGACUGCCAUUCGUAUCUACUGGCGUGCAUUCGGAUGGUGCAUGUUCAUGUCCAUUGGCGCCCUCCUCUGGGGUUAUGACGCUCAAGUUGGAGGUGGUAUCUUGUCCGUGCCCAGCUUCCGACGUGACUUUGGCAGUAUAAUAGACGGACAGCCGGUGCUUAGCGCUGCCUGGCAGAGUGGCUUCAACUCCGCUAGUUCCAUCGGAGGAAUGUUCGGUGGCCUUAGCCUGGGUUGGAUUGCGGAUCAUUUUGGUCGCCGUGGUGCCGUCGCGAUCGCCUGCUGUGUUUCCAUCGUCGCUAUCAUACUGCAGUUCUUCACACCAGUCGAAGCAAAUCCGAUGCUCCUCGUCGGCAAGCUGAUUAACGGCUUCGCCCUCGGAAUGUACGUGUCCAGCGCGUCCAGUUACUCCUCUGAGAUCUCCCCGCUGGCACUCCGUGGUAUCACUACUGGUGCUGUCAACUUGUGGAUCGUCUUGGGCCAAUUCCUGUCGAACGGCGUCAUUGAAGGCACCGGCACUCGGGACGACAAGUACGCAUACCGUCUGCCAUUCGCCAUUCAAUGGAUCUUCCCCGUUAUCCUCCUCGCUGGCCUCCCUUUCGCUCCCGAGUCUCCUUGGUGGUUGGUCCGCAAGGGCCGCAACGACGAUGCUCGCAAGGUUAUCGCCAGGCUCGCUGGUGCCGAUCUCGAUCUCGACCUACAUGUAGCCCAGAUUAGGGAAACGAUCGAGCUUGAGGAGCGCGAAGCUGCCUCCGCUUCCUACCUCGACCUCUUCCGUGGUGUCAACUUGCGCAGGACGAUCGUGGCGUCAAUGGUGUUCGUCCUUCAGCAAGUGGCCGGUGUCGUCUUCGUCCUCGGCUUCUCUACCUACUUCUUCGAGCUGGCCGGCUUUGCGGACGAAAAUGCAUUCCGCCUCGGUGUCGGUGUGACUGCUAUUGGUAUCGUCGGUAACCUCAUCGCUGGCGUAUACGUGAACAAGUUCGGACGUCGAUUCCUAUUCAACUGGGGCAUGGUCGGAUGCGCCAUCGUCAACUUCCUCAUCGCGUUCCUCGCACUCCCAGGCAGGACCAGCACGAACUGGGCUAUGGCUAUCUUCACCCUGAUCUACAACUUAGUUUACCAAGUCGGGAUUGGUCCUCUAGGCUACGUCAUCUUCGCUGAAGUUUCGUCUGCCAAGCUCCGGUCAAAGACUGUCGGUUUCAGUAUCCUCAUAAACUCCUUAUGUGGCAUGAUCGCAAACAUUGUCAUUCCCUAUCUCGUCAACCCCGACGAGGCGAACCUCGGCGGCAAGGUCGGCUUCAUCUUCGGCGGACUCGGUGCCAUCGGCACCGUCUGGGCAUGGUUCUUCAUCCCCGAGACGAAGAACCGCACUGUCGAUGAGCUCGAUGUAAUGUUCGAGAGGCGUAUCACUGCGCGCAAGUUUGGGGAGUACAAGAUCGAGGACGUGACGGAUGUGCAUGAGAAGCAGUAG